AUGUCAACCGAGCAAACCGAUAGAAUGAAUCGUUUUCAAUCCUACAGAAGGCUGGUCACCGAAUUUGAAAGCGUGCUCUCGACAUUUGAAUCUUCAGAUCGGAAAUUUCAGAUUGUCAAAACUAUCUAUCCAAGGCUCGACCGAUCUUCGUCACUGCCGCAUGCAGUGAUUGAAGACCAUGCACCACUGGAACCAAACUCAGCCGAUUCGCCAAAGACUCUGAUCAUCCUCGACUCUUCAUUCAAUCCGCCAUCUAAUGCUCAUCAAAAUUUGGCCUUGCGGUCACUUUCUAAAAGCUAUAUUUCGCGAUUUACUGGACCGCACCGACUCUUGUUGCUCUUCGCCGUGCUGAACGCUGACAAAGGUGGCAGCUCACCAGCAGCCUUUCCUCAGAGAUUGACGAUGAUGUCCCUCUUCGCACAGGAUUUGCUGCAGACCAUGCUGAAUGACCGGGCAAGCUCCGAAGCCGAGCAAAAUUUUGAGGAGUACAGUCCUGUGCCGAUCGACAUCGGAAUUACCAAAGUCCCAUACUACACCGACAAGUCUAUCGCAAUUGCUUCAACAAGAUCCCAACUAGACGGCAACCUCAUCUACCCAGAUUUCCCUAAACACAUGCAUCUCCUAGGCUUCGACACGUUGAUCAGAUUCUUCAAUCCGAAAUAUUACCCGUCAUUCGAUCCGCCGCUCUCAGCGCUGAAGGACUUUUUUGAGCCUGGUCAUCGUCUUCGUGCGACAAUGCGGCCCGAUGAUGCAUCUGACCAGGUCGCGGAGCAGCGAUCGUGGCUCAACAGGCUUGAGCAAGGUCAAAUGGAAGUCGAUGGUGGGAAAAGAGAAUGGUCAAACCAAAUCGAGCUUGUUGAGCCCAAUCAGCAGCAGGGUGUGAGCAGCACCAAAAUUCGCAAGGCUGCGGCAGAAGGUAAUUGGCAGACGGUCAAAGGCCUCUGUCCAGAAGUCAUCGCAAGCUGGAUUCGAGACCAGGAGUUGUACAAGGAUUGA